AUGGCUUACAACUUUGAUGAAAUAGGAACAAGGAGCACAGUGGCAGUAUCAGUUUUCCUUCUUUCUCUUUCAAGCCUUUUCACUCUGAUUCAUAUAAAAAAUCACUGUAUUAGCCUCAAAUAUGCUGAAGCUCAGAUACUGAUUCUUGCACUUGCUUUAACUCCAUCUGUGAUAGGAUGGUGCUCAUGAAUUACUAUAGUUCUUGGCCCGGAUUGGGCACAACUUGAUUUAAUAGGAAUCAGCUACAUGUCAAUUGCAGCUUUAUCAUUUUUCUACUACACUUUGAAACUUUUUGGCUGGGAAGCUAAUCCGGGAUUCAAUGUAUAUAGAUAUGGGAAAAUUCAGCAUAGACUUAUUUCACUAGGGAGUAUUAAAAGCGUCUUUAUAUGAAUGGGAUCAAUGAGAAUUGGAAAUUGCAGUGAAGCAAUGGGAUAUUUGAACCUUGUGAAGCUCGGAGUCUUUUUAAGCAUAAACUUAAUUGCAGGCUUGGCUGCUUAUUGAUAAUGAAGCUACCAAGGAUCUCCUAGAACUUGGCAAAUUAGUUCGAACACCACCUUUCCUCUUUUUCUUCUUCAUCGCCUGAUGCCAUCACCUUUUUCUCCUUGCUUUUUCGGCUCCAAUUUUCAGUACGAAGUUAUAGAUUUCUGUAUAUACUGCUUGGGUUGAACAAAAUUGCCCAACACAAAAGCCCCAAAAAUUGAUUUCUUGCCAACUCUUGAUGAAAAGAAUAAAUUCCCAGCGCAAGGCUAACUCUCAGUUUCAUACGCUAGGAAGUUUCUAGGCAUUGCCUAUAGAAACAGCUGAGCCUUCCCAUUUCCAGCUUUGACCUCAAACUUUCCCUCGAGAUAAAAUCCAAUCCUAAAGCGGACUAGGGCUAAGCUCUGUGCAUUCACCAGAAUUAUUAGGGUGCGCUUGCCAGAUAUAAAUAAAAUGUGCUCUAGGCCACACUAUUGGGAGGCAAUACCGAUCAAGACGCCAUAUUUAUUAUAGCUUGGAGUUUUUCAAUUUGCUUUUGUUUUGGCUGGAAUCGGGAUUGCAGGUGUUAUUAUUCAAUUUGCUGAUAGUGAGCUUAUGGAUUAUGGAAACCCAGACAUUUAUCAUGCGUGGUUAUGGCUAAGAGUGGCUGAGGCAGCAAGUGCUUUAAUCGCCUUUUUGGUGCUGCAUAGUUGAAAACAAACAAUGAAAAGAAUUGAAGACUUGUCAAAACUAAAAAUCGACUCAAAGUUCCAAGUCAUCGCAUGGUGCCUUUUACUUCCUUCUAUUCAGCCAAUUCCUAUGGCUUUGCUAUCAAAGUAUGGGAUUAUUGCUGAUAGCGACGCUAAUUCAGUGAAAGAAGUCACAGUUUUUACUCACAAUUUUCUUCUAAUAAUAGAAAUGAUUGCAGCAGGAAUUCUCCAAGUUGUUUCAUUCCAACCUGAAGAAUUUUAUGUAGAAGAAGUAUCGACAGAGCUAGAAGACAAAAACGAGAACAAAUAUUUAGAAGAAACGACUCCAAAUGUAACACUAAGAAUAAUGGAUUAA